CACGCGGGGAGCUAGCAGUCCCGUUUCCCGAUCUUUCCGCCCGGAACCGCCUCGCUGACUCAGUGGCGCCUCAGGCUUCAGGCCAUAGGUCGCGAGGUGGAGGGAUGGCGGGCAAGGCCUGGAGCUGCCCUGAGAUUUCUCAGCCUGCUGCCUGUUGGGCUCUGCUUAGGCCGGAAGUGGAGGGGUUUAGAGGCUGCAAACUUUCCCGGUGCCCCUCCUUGGCGGAGAUGGAACUUCCGCCUGAGUUGAAGACAGGUUUAGAGCCGACUUUUUGCCGUUGUUCUUUACAAGGCACGUUAACUCUCUUCUAGAAGACAGCUUUACAAGGAUCUAGAAGGACCAAAUUUGGGCUCCGGCACUCUGCAGCGACCAGGAACUCAGGAUUCCUAAUCACCGAUCUUAGCGCAUAUGAACGUUCCCCCUUCCUGCAAGUGACAGGAGACCUAAGGGUGCUUAGCAGGUCAUACAUUCUUCAGGAGCUGAGAAUUCAUAAGUCUGGUCUUCACCGUGAUUUGGAACUUCCCAGUCUCAGAAAAGUUGACCAAGGUCUAGAAUUUGUUUUUUCCUAUCCAUAGAAAAGUUAUCUGUGAGAUGGAAGUUUCUGCUAAUUUCCUUGUAGAUAGAAGGACCUCUCCUUCUGCAGGAUGACCUUCCCAGACUUCAGGAGGAUGAUCCCCUUAAGAGUUCCUGAACACUGAAAACUACAUAUAGGACUUACAGCGGUUGAGGAAUUACGUCCAUCACCCAUUCACCAUUUGGGGACUUAUUUUCUCUGUUAAUUAGAAGCCAAGUCAUUUUGUUUGUUUGGUACAAGGCCUUGCUUUGUUGCCUAGGCUUCUUUGUAAUUCCUUAGCUUCCCAAAUGCUGGGAAUACAGACACUUGCUUACUAAAGCAAUUUUCUGUGUACCUUGGCAUGGGCUCUUGAUUUUCCCACGUCCUUUCUCCUCAGGGACUGCACAGGACUGAGUCCAUAUGGAAGAAGAACUGCCUGGUUUCUAUGGAGAAAGUGGCAAGCCAGUCCAGGCUACCCUGUCAUCACUGAAGAUGUUGGAUGUGGGGAAGUGGCCAAUCUUUUCUCUUUGUUCUGAGGAAGAGCUGCAGUUGAUUCGUCAGGCCUGUGUCUUCGGUAGUGCUGGCAAUGAAGUUUUAUACACCACAGUCAACGAUGAGAUCUUUGUGCUCGGCACAAACUGCAGUGGCUGUUUGGGGGUAGGUGACAUUCAGAGCACUCUUGAGCCUCAGAGACUGGAUUCUUUAACCGGCAAAAAGAUAGCCAGCCUCAGCUACGGGAGUGGCCCACACAUUGUCCUUGCAACAACAGAUGGGGAAGUCUUUACCUGGGGUCACAAUGCAUAUAGCCAGCUGGGCAAUGGGACAGCGACUCACGGCUUGCUGCCCUGCCAUAUCUCUACCAAUUUGUCAAAUAAACAAGUCAUUGAGGUGGCCUGUGGGUCUUACCACUCUUUGGUCCUAACAUCCGAUGGAGAGGUAUUUGCCUGGGGUUAUAAUAACUCUGGGCAGGUAGGAUCUGGAUCAACCGCCAAUCAGCCCAUUCCUCGAAGAGUCACAGGAUGUUUGCAGAAUAAAGUAGUUAUGAACAUAGCAUGUGGGCAGAUGUGCUCCAUGGCCGUUGUGGACACUGGAGAGGUCUAUGUCUGGGGUUACAAUGGGAAUGGACAGCUGGGCCUGGGCAGCAGUGGCAACCAGCCAACCCCCUGUAGAGUGGCAGCCCUGCAAGGCAUUCGUGUCCAGCGGGUUGCCUGUGGCUACGCACACACAUUAGUACUAACAGAUGAAGGUCAAGUGUACGCUUGGGGUGCAAAUUCAUAUGGCCAGCUGGGCACUGGCAAUAAAAGUAACCAGUCCUAUCCUACCCCCGUUGUUGUGGAAAAGGACAGGAUCAUAGAGAUUGCAGCCUGUCAUUCUGCCCACACAUCUGCCGCCAAGACCCAGGGUGGGCACGUAUACAUGUGGGGCCAGUGCCGUGGCCAGUCAGUGACCCUUCCCCACCUCACCCACUUCUGCUGCACCGACGAUGUGUUCGCCUGCUUUGCCACCCCUGCCGUCACCUGGCGCCUUCUCUCUGUGGAACCUGAUGACCACCUCACUGUGGCUGAGUCACUGAAGAGGGAAUUCGACAACCCUGACACUGCAGACCUCAAGUUUCUGGUUGAUGGAAAAUACAUUUAUGCUCACAAAGUCCUUCUCAAAAUUAGGUGUGAGCAUUUUCGUUCUUCAUUAGAAGACAGUGAAGAUGAUAUUGUAGAAAUGAGUGAAUUUUCAUAUCCGGUGUUCCGAGCUUUCCUGGAAUACCUAUACACAGAUAACAUCAGCCUAUCUCCUGAGGAGGCAGUAGGAUUGCUAGAUCUGGCCACAUUUUACAGCGAAACUCGGCUGAAAAAGCUCUGUCAGCAGACCAUCAAGCAGGGGAUCUGUGAGGAGAAUGCGAUCGCUCUGCUCUCCGCUGCUGUGAAGUACGACGCUCAGGAUUUAGAAGAGUUCUGCUUCAGAUUUUGUAUAAAUCAUCUGACUGUAGUAACACAGACUUCAGGAUUUGCAGAAAUGGACCAUGAUCUUCUGAAGAACUUUAUCAGCAAAGCCAGCAGAGUUGGAGCCUUUAAGAACUGAUCCCUGAUAUCGAAAGGGAUGUUUAAGGCUUUCCGUGUUACCCCUGCAAAAUAAAUAAAUAAAACAUUUAAAAAAAAAUAA